CGCGGGCGGCGGCGGCGGCGAGAGCCGCGGACGGGGCGCUGAGGGAAAGAAGGUGUCGGGCUGGAGGGGGGGGAGCGCCUCGGUUUCCUCUCGGGGUGCGUCGCCGAUCAGUUGGCCUGGCCGGCCGGCUGCCGCUCCCUUCCGCGGCCGAGGGCUGGGCCUGGCCUGGCCGCGGGCGCGUCCCGCUCGCAGCCUGGGCCUGCCCGCCCUGCGGGACCCGGGCCCUGCUGGCCCCAGCAGGAGCGACGUCCACCAGUGUCAAAAGCUCUGCUUCGCGUUUUCCCUUGUUGAGUGGUGCCGCUUACGGAAAAUACUGCCCGAGGAACAUCUUUUGAAAGCGUUCAUCUUAGGGAAGCAAAGAAGCGUUUCUUGAGCCAGCUAGUCGGGGGUUGCAGUGUCACCUGAGGACAUCGCUCUGAGCCGCCUCGGGACUGAUAGGAGUUUCCUACAAUAAGGAUGAAAGUAUCUACCCUUAAUGGCAAAUAGAUAAUAGGUGGAACAUGCAAAUGAACGGGCAGUGUGUCAUGAAACUUCUAAAAAUACCUAUUCAAUUAGAGCAGUUUCUUGACAAUAGCUUAGAUUUACCUUGAGGUGAAAACUCUUAAAGGGCAGUCUUCUUGAUUUCAUGCCUGUGUGUGGAGACCAUAGCAAUGUGUUGCUGUUGCAUUAAGCAUAAUUUGUCAUGUCUCUAUGCAAAGGAAGAAAAUGGUGGCAUAUUCAGAGUGUUGCUGUUGCAUUAAGUAAGCAUAAUUUGUCAUGUCUCUGUGCAAAGGAGGAAAAUGGUGGCAUAUUUCUGAGGAAACAGUGAAAAUACAAAGCACAACCUUUGGUGCGUAAACCAGCGAAGUUAGUAGGAUAGGGGCAAGGUAUACCAACAAAAUUCCAUUAUAUUUCCUCUGCAGCUUGGGAACCCUGAAGUGCCCUUCAGUAAGGGCUACUUAGUGAAGAAAAACCUUCAGUAACAACAACAAUUCCACUUGUUUCUAAGUUUCAGAUACAGUCACUAUGCUCUAAUAUCUUAUGAGUUUCAGCAAGUGCUUCUGGUUUGGCAUUUGAUAUCAAUAAACCUUUGGAGGCACGUAUGCUGCAAGUCCAUCUAGCAAAAACAGGAUUUUAGAAAAGAGAAUAGGCUUCUAGUUCUGAUGUGCAUAGUACGUACAAAAAAGUGUAGUCAACUUAAUGCUGUGUGCCAGGUCAUUAUUUGCUCUUGACAUUGGAUCAUACAAUCAUAGAAUAAUUUAGCUUGGAAGGGACCUCUGGAGGUCAUUUAGAUCAACUCCCUGCUUAAAACAGCACUGUUAUCGAAGUUAGAGCAGGUUGUUCCAGGUGCUGUCUGGUUGAGCUUUCUCUUGAAGGCUUUAAAUUGAGUUGAAAGUUGGGUCUGAUAUUUAGCCAAAUUUGGAGCUAAAUGCUCAAAACAUUGGGAAGUUACAGAGUUUUAGGCAGUCUGAAUGAAGCAUGCUCUUCCUCGAUUAAUUGGAAGUUGUGUUUCUUUGCCAUUUUUGGUGGCAUGAUUCCAGUUCUCCAGUUGUGCAAGACUUCAAUGUGCAUAAUAUAGAGAUUUUUGGAAGAUAAAAAGCAAGCAGAAAAGUAUAUUGCCCCAUAGCAUGGAGAUUUUAUCUUAGUAGAUAGAAAAUUGAAAUAUUUUUAAAGUAAUAUUUCUCUGUAUUUUAACAAAAUCAAGAAGGCUGAUAUUUAAAUUUGAAAGGUUCUUAGUAUUUUACCUGCAUAAUGACUUAUUUAUUUAAAGGCUAAAGUACUGAGUCCUGCAUUCACAGAGGUGCAGUGUGAUCAGUUUUACUUCUAUGUUCUUAACAGCAUGAAGCUCUUCCUGAGCAAAAGCCAUCUCUUGUGCCUUACUUGCCCACUAAAUGAAUUAAAUGUAAUCACUCAGUGAGUCAAGGUUGAUAGAAUGAAGAUACCUGACGUAAGCCUUUAUCCAUCUUAGUCUAUUCUUGUGGUGUCACAGUGUUCCUUAGCCUGUGAAGUCAGUCUUUGAAGAAAUCCCAGCAUUAUUAUUUGUACUGAUCAGUGUCUAGAGGCCCCAGGUAAAACAUAUUUUAUAGAAGAGUCUUAAAUACAGUGAGAACUUCCUGCAGAAGCUUAUCCUCUAAGUGGUCAAGAAAGACAAAGAGGGAAGGAGGAAAAGAUAGUAAGAUAAAUGAAAAUGCCUGGGCCGUUGUGCAUUCAUGAUGAGUCUUCUAAAUGUCAUCUGUGUUUUUCUUAAGUAUUCAAGUUAAAAAUAUACUGACAUCUUUUGAGAGGGAAAAUGAUUGUAACUAAAUUAUUAUAUUAGUUGUGGGAUUAAACUUUUCACCUGAUAAUGCAAAUAAUUAAUUUCACUUGACACUGAUGGCCCUGCUGAAGCUGUAGAUAAAAGCACAACCUCAGCAGGUGCAGUUCUCAGCGUCCUAAGGAGAAGGUAAGACUGGAGGAUAAAAUAAGAUGAAAGAAUGUGCAGCAGCUCAGCUCUUCCUUUUGUGUGUGGAGUGUAGUCACAGCACCCCUUGUAAGACUUGGCAAUAUUUCUACCAUCCUGUUUCAGCUUUUUCCCUCCUGGCAGUAGCUAGUCCACCUACACUGGAGAGUGUCAAACGGCAUUAGGAUGUCAUUUGAUUCAGUAUAAAUAGCAUUACUUCAGCAACAGGAUUGCAUGCAUAUCUCCAUAAAUGUGCCCCUUUAUACUCACAGCAUAUUAAGUAUCCUAUUGCCAUUUGAAGUUAGAUUUCCAAAUGCUUUUCUUACACAUAGUAUUUUAAGUGUGGUGUUAAGAUUAUGUAUGCAAAGAACAUGUUGUUAUAGUUGUCCUCAGAGCCACCUUUUCUGUCCAUAUCAAAAGUAUAUAUGUGGUAUUUCUGCCAAGUGUAACCUCAGAAUGAAUCUCACUUAAAAAAAAAAAAAAAAAAAAAAAAGUAUUAUAGGAUUAAAAAAAUCUUGCCUUUCUUAUUAUAGCUAUGUGGAAAGAACAAAGAAUCUUUAGAGGCAGUUUAUCCCUUUGUUCCCCACAGAAAAAAUGAAUUCAUGUUCUGUAUCAGCUAGAGCAAUCCCUGCGGGUGGCUGUAUUGAUCCCACUGUGGCAUCUAUAGAAUCUCUGUGCCUGUUCCUGACUCCUAGGCAGCGGGGCUGCAAACUGAUGUAGCCUCUGCCAAUUAGGAUUUUGUCUAACCCCUGCUUUUUUAUACAGCCCAGGAUGACCCCCCUUUGGCUACAGGAAUAAGGAAUAUUCUGAUAGAGCAUCUCCCUGAAGUGUCAGGGCUACCCACAGGUCUCAGAUUCAAGUCCUUUGAGCAUCUCUACGUUCACGUUGUAUGUUUUCAAACAUGCUUUUAUGUGAAACUGAGUAUGAAAUGCAAAAUAGUGAUUAUGUGUGUGCACGCGCACGCGCAUUUGUUCUUAAGUUACUUCAUUCACAUUUUAUGGCAGCUUUUCAUGGGAUUUUACAGUAUACUUUGCAGUUCUUUUCAGCUUUUGAGAGAUUGCUAAGUAGGCUCCUUUAAAUUUCAGAUAUCUGAACUAGGUUGGGAUUAUUUAAUACUCCACAUGUUUAAUUCCACUCUGAUUUCAGAAUCUGUCAGGACCUGCAGCAAAACAACUCCACAGCAAGGCACUUUCAGAGCAAAGAUGAACAUCGGGAAAGCUUACAGUGCCUUUAACAUCAGCAAUGGAACAGAUCUAGCUAUUGGCUUUACCUCUUCUACAGUAGCAGUCCUUCUAUUUGGGACAAACUUUGUGCCCGUUAAGAAAUUUGAUACUGGUGACGGUAUGUUCUUCCAAUGGGUUCUCUGUGCCUCCAUAUGGAUAGUUUCUUUGGUGGUCAAUUUAAUCCAGAAUUGCCCCCGAUUUUGGCCUCUUGCUAUGGUUGGGGGUUUCAUGUGGGCUACAGGAAAUGUUACAGUUGUUCCUAUUGUUAAAACUAUUGGCUUAGCUCUUGGUCUUUUGAUAUGGGCUUCUUUCAAUUUGCUGACAGGUUGGGCAAGUUCAAGGUUUGGUUGGUUUGGAAUUGACCCAGAAGAGGUAUCAAGACCAAUCUUAAAUUAUAUUGGAGCUGGACUUUCACUGUUAAGUGCUGUCAUAUUUCUUUUUAUAAAAACUGAAGUCCAGAGUUCUUCAGCUUCAUUAGAAAGCACGCCUUUACUGAGAGAAAGUUCUGUUAAUGUUUCUGAAGGUACCUCUGAUGACUCAUGGGUAAACAGACUUUCUCCAGCAAAAAAGAGACUCAUAGGAUGUAGCCUGGCUGUAGUAGCUGGAAUAUUCUACGGUUCCAGUUUUGUACCAGUACUUUAUAUCAAGGACCAUGGAAGAAGAAAUGAAACUCUAUACACAGGAGCAAGCCAAUUUGAUUUAGAUUAUGUUUAUGCACACUUCAGUGGAAUAUUUCUUACAAGUACCAUCUACUUUUUGAUCUACUGUGCAGUCAGGAAAAAUAAACCUAAUGUUUAUCCCCAAGCCAUAUUGCCAGGGUUUGUUUCUGGUGUGCUUUGGGCAAUAGCCAAUUGCUGCUGGUUCAUAGCCAAUCACUAUCUCAGUGCGGUGGUCAGCUUUCCAAUAAUUACUGGAGGUCCUGGCCUUGUUGCUGCAAUGUGGGGAGUCCUUGUAUUUAAAGAAAUCAAGGGACUGAAAAACUACGCGUUACUCUCAGUAGCGUUUUGCAUCAUUUUGGCGGGAUCGCUCUCCACAGCUUUUUCUAAAGUUUGAAAGGAUCUUCUGGACCAGUAGAUGGUGCUACUGUUUAAUAUAAUCAGAAAUACAAUAUUGGUAUAUUGCAAUACAUAAUUUCAAAAUGUAUGUCCGACAUUUACCCUAACUUACUUCAGGCAAGUGAAGAAGAAAACCUUUGCUAAAUGUUCCCAUUUGGCCUGAUAGAAAAUCUGGGAAUGUUUGUUUCUCCAUUUCUUGGAGCAGUACGUAUAUCAAAGGAUUUUAUUAAAUAAAGAUAAAUGAUUUUAUAGUUACUAUUUUUUUUUUUUCUGGUUCAGGUACUAAACUUCGUGUCAUCAUAAAUUGCACUUCACUGUUGUGAUGAUGGAUGAAGGGAUUUUAAUUCUUAGUCUGUAGUACUGUAUGUAUUUGCCAGCUGAUUUGUUUUAUUAUAAUGUUCUGUCUUACUGACUUCAAUAUAAAAUAUGUCCUGGAAUAUUCUUUAUGGAACUGAUACACAUGAAGAUGUGAAGCAUUUUUUUUAUUUAUAGGCAUUAAAAUCAGUUUACAUAAGAACAUUAUAUUACAGUCACUUCUGGAUUUUGAAGGAAAUAUAUAUAAAAAAAAGAUGCUGUAAAAUCAAUUACUUUGUUGCUGCUAAACUUUUUGUUUAGUUGCAAGAACAUUAUGUAGAAAUCAGGACCAGGAUAUGAGUAGUUGUGCAAGCUUGGGUCUUUUUAUUUUGGUUGCAAGUAAACAUUACAUUUCUGUGUUGCAGUAUGAGCUAAGGAUGUGUUUCAAAGUUUAUUUCCAGAUAACUUUGUGGAUUUUUGAUUAUUUACUUUUCUAUGUAGCAUACUCAAAUCUUAAAAAUUAUCUAUGGCAAUAUUUAUUACAUGGAAACAUCAUGGUAAAACUACUCCUUGAGAUUCCUGCCCUGCUGUGGGGAAGAUGAAAGCACAGUGGCGAAGUAUGCCUGCAAAAAUCCGUGAUAUAUACAGGCGAAAGCAGCAGGUUUGAGAUCUUUUCUUUCUUCUGCAUUUUCUGGCGAGCAAGGACUGAGCUCUGUGGUGCCCGUGUCCCCACGUGCGUGCCUCUGCCCACGUGCUGCCGCAGGAGAGCCCCCGGGUCGCGAGGUAAUGAAAAUACAUUUACUCUCUGCAUUUCAGCCGUGGUUCUGUGGUUGUCCCUGUGUCCUGCCUGUGUCGGCUCACACAGUCAGCUAUAUGUAAAUCACUUCUGACAGUUGUUGUCUAACUCAUUUCUUUAAAAAAAUAAAUAAAAGAAGUAGGUUUCACAACAGUUUUAGGCAAACUAACCAGCUUCUAACUGUGUCUCCUGUUAGAAAGCCCUAAUAUCCAAAGGAAAUUCCUAUGAGGAAUGUUAUGUCCACUGUUCCAUGACCACCGCUAAUGUGGAGAACUGUUCUUACUUAUGGCAGGUAACCUUUAUAUUUGCAAAGCAAGUUGUCUGAAACUCCCCUUAGUCUUUUCUUCAGUAUAUUAAGACAACCCCAGCUCCUGCAGUCUUCCCUUGUCUGUAAUGUGUUCAUCAUUUUUCUUGCUCUUUCCUGAACUCUCACUAAAUGGACUAGAUCUGUCUAGAAAAACUAGAUGUGACAGUCAGACUACAGUUUUACAAAAACCAGGAGCAGCAGCAGUAAGAUUACUUUUUUUCCAUCCACUUUGCAAUCUCUUUUCAUGGUUUCACAUCUUAGUAUGACUUUUUGCCAUCACAUCUUGAUACUGUUAAUGUGUUCAGAUUGCAAUCAUAAUUUCUCCUUUCUCUCUUCCACCCUUCUUUGUCUGCUAUUUAUCAGACCUGAUCUUAGUACUCUAAGUUAGCCUGCUUUUUCCCAUCCCAUAUUGUUUAUUCCUACCCAAGUGUCAGACCUUGAUGUCUGGCAGGCUUUUUCCCCCUUAAGGCAUUUCUCUAACUUUGCUCUGUGUGUUAACCCUGUCCUCCAACAAGUUUGCAGCAUUUUCCAGCCAGAUGUCAUCUGCAAAUUUAAUAAACAUACUCUCUAAUUAUUGUAAAUAAUUUAUGAACAUGUUGCAUGGUGCUGGCCUUUACUUACUUUUUGGAAUCUAAUCUAAUACUUCGUUUCAGUCUGACAGGGAACAAUUGAUUACUCUUUUGAGUACAAUUUCCCUCUGUCUUACAGUGGUUUUAUUUAGACUGCAUUCUCCUAGCUUUUAUUUAACAUCUGCUACAGUUGUUCAAGUCAAGAUAAAUUAUGUGUACCACCCUAAUACCUGAUACUGGAAAGAAAAAUGGUCUUUUUUUUAUUUUCCAAUAUCCCUAUCAGACACAAUUUAUUCUUGGCAGAUCCUUGACUGUUACGUAGCCAUUAUUCUACUGACUUGGAGAAGGAAGAGUAAUUUGUUCACAUGUUGCUGAAAUGACUUGAAUUAAAUCGAACAUUUAUAAUUCCCUUA